AUGUCACAAACAAAUCGUCGUAUAGCAAAUGUACUUGCUCAUGGUAUAAUAAAAACAAUGUCGAUGGCACCAUCAAGUUCUUCAGACGAAGAAGGUGAAUCAAGUUUAAAUCGUUCACAUAAUCAAUCAUCAUCAUCACUUGAUACGGAUGCUCAUGAAUCAGACCAUGAAGUGGAUAAUAAUCAUGUUAGUAAUAACAAUAAUAUUAACCAUAAACCACCUACAAAAUCUCGUCGGCUACAAAAAACUCGAAAAACAAGUAUAUCAACAACAACACCAAUAAAUAAUAAUAAUAAUCAUGCACCAUCCUCUAGAACAAAUAUACGUAAAGAUAGCCAACAACGAUCAAGUUCAAAUGAUGAUGAUAAUAGUAAUAAUAAUAAUAACAAUAAUAAUAAUAAUAAUAAUAAUGAAAAAACUAACACUCAUGAUGAAAGUAUUAUUAAUACUCGACGAGUAAAGCCACAUUCAUCAAAAAGACGUGAUCAAUUAAUUACAACAACGACCGAUGAUGAUACAGUAAAAAAUCAUCAUCGUUAUCAUCCGUUGAAUGUUCUUCAAUUAAAUAGUAAAAAAGCUCCAUCGGAUUCGGCUGGCUCAUCGUCAUUGCCAGUAGUCCCUACAACAGCAAAUCAAGCUCCUACACGAAAAACGAAUCGUUUCCAAGUUAAAUCUAUACGUAAAUCUCAACAACAACACAUUUUAUUAGCAAAUUCAACUACAGCUAAAUCGUCAAAUGAAGAUGAUGGUUCCGUGCCCAAUGACGGAAUUCGACUAUCCUACAAACCAUCGUUAAACGAACGAAAUAAUACACAUACACCCACGACCGAUGGAGAAUACUCAACAACAAAUACGGAUAAUCCUGUUAAUGGAACUGCUUCAACUUCUAAAGCCAUUGAAAAUGGCUGCGGUGGACAUCAUCGGGUUCGUUUUCUUGUUACACAAAAUAGAAAGAAUGAUUCCGCUGCUGAAGAAGAAAGAUCACCAGCUCCAGCAAGUGCAUUGCCAGCGACAGUUCCUCCUUCGUCUACAACUUCAGCACAAGGAGAGGAUGAAGAAGAAGAAGAAGCAGUGGCGAAAAGUCCUGAUAAUCGUUUUAUUAAAUAUGCACAAGAAAUAGGACGUGGUGCUUUUAAAACUGUCUAUCGUGGUUUAGAUACAGAAACAAGUGUUGCUGUAGCUUGGUGUGAAUUACAAGAUUUUGCUCAAUUUGAUAAACAUGAACGAGCUCGUUUUAAGGAAGAAGCUGAGAUGUUAAAAAAACUUCAACAUCAAAAUAUUGUACGUUUUUAUGAUUUUUGGGAAGAAACAAAUCCACGAACAAAUAAAAAAGUUAUUAUCCUUGUUACUGAAUUAAUGACAUCAGGUUCAUUGAAAGGAUACAUUCGCAAUUUCAGAGGACAAAAAGAAGAAAAACGAAUUAAUGUUAUGAAAAAAUGGUGUCGCCAAAUACUUAAAGGUCUUGCAUAUUUACAUAGCCGUAAUCCACCUGUUAUUCAUCGUGAUUUAAAAUGUGACAAUGUAUUUAUAUCAAGUACAACAGGUUGUGUUAAAAUAGGUGAUCUUGGUUUGGCAACAUUUAAAACACAAACAUUUGCUAAAAGCAUGCGUGGUACCAUGGAAUUCAUGGCACCAGAAAUGUUCGAUGAAAAAUAUGAUGAACUUGUUGACAUAUAUUCGUUUGGUUUAUGUAUGUUAGAAAUGAUGACUGGUGAAUAUCCAUAUAUUGAGUGUAAAGGACCAACAGCUGUUAUAAAACGUGUCACAGCUGGCUUGAAACCUGACUGUUAUUAUAAAGUUGAAAGCGAAGAUGUACGUGAAGUUAUUGACUGUUGCAUACGAACAAAGAAAGAAGAACGUUUACCAGUACAUGAAUUAUUACAACAUUCAUUUUUUCUCGAUGAUAAUGGCUUACGAAUUGAACUUGUACGAGAUUCAUCAGAUGAUUCUUUAACCGUGGUUAACAAUGAAAAAAUUGAUUUUAAAUUGAAAAUCGUUGAUAAAGUUAAACAUAAAGCUCUAUAUGCAGAAAAUAAAGUGUCAUCGACGGCCUUUGAAGCUAUACGCUUUCCAUAUAAUCGAUUAUCGGAUACUGCUGAACAAAUAGCCGAUGAACUUAUUGCAAAAGAUUAUAUAUUUGAGGAUGACAAAAAAUUUGUUACCCAAUCAAUCAAAGAUCGUCUACGUGCAUUAGACUAUGAAGCUCUUGAUCGACAAGCUGGUGUUUAUUCCAAUAACGGAAAACCAGGUAUUAAUCAAACAUCACAAACAUCAGUUGUUUUACCAUCGCAACAACAGCAGCAACAACAACAACAACAACAACAACAACAACAACAACAACAACAACAACAACAACAACAACAACAACAACAACAACAAAAAAAACAUAAAUNAACAACAACAGCAGCAGCAGCAGCAACAACAACAACACCAGCAGCAGCAGCAACAACAACAGCAGCAGCAGCAACAACAACAACAACAGCAGCAGCAGCUAGCAGUACAAUUAAUACCUUUUCACAAACAUCAAUUGAACAACAACAACAACAACAACUGGCUAAAUUAUCAACAGAGAAUCCACUAGCUAAAGCUGCUUUAGUAACAGAGCCAGUUGCAAUUACUCAGACACCAGAAAUAAGUCCAAAUUUGCCGGGCUCCGCUGGUAGCCUUGAAGUACUUGAAGCAGCAUUGAAAAAAACGUUUAACAAAAAUACAACAUCGACUCUUGUCAAUGAUACCAGUGAACCUCCUACACCGUUGAUUAAUCAAGAUGAUCAAUUUGUAGCAAAGCCAGGAAGUAAUAUUAAUAUUAAUAUUAAUAUUAUUGAACAGCAACCAACAGAAGAACCUGGAUUACCAAUUACCAGUGAAUCCUCAACAAAUAUUCUUCAAUCAUCUACUGCACUUAUUUCACAAAGUCAAUCUCAAACAACACAAGCAUUAAUAAAUCCACAACAAAUAUUAUCUAAUUCUCAUAUUUUAACUCAAACUUCACAAAGUUUAUCGUACACGGCGAUGCCUCUUUCUCAACACAUCAAUACAACCAUUCCAAAUGAUAUUAAUAAACAAAUCAUAUCUCCUACACCUCCUCUUCAUCCUCCCCCUCCACCUCCUCCUGUUGUUCCUUCUUUCUCUUCUACUUCAACGACGACAGAGAUUAUUGAAAAUAGUCAUACGUCGAUAUCACCGUCUCCAACACCUUUAUCUGUUCCAUUUACAAGUGAAGUCGUACAAUCAUCAGCUACGUCAGAUAUUCAGCCACCAAUGUCGGGAAGUUUACAACAGCUGGAAGUUCUUCUUAUGAAUACAUUUAAAAAGCCAAUUAAAACAACUGGAACUGCUCAUAGUAGUGAUGGUGAAGCAACAAAUCCAAAUAUUCCAACAACAGCAUCUACUACAACUACAAAUAAUGAUGAUAAAAAUGACAUUGACACAAUACAAAAUGAAUCAUCAAUAACAUUCGAUGAUAAAAAUCGUAAAGCUAUUGAUAUAUUUAACAAUGUAAAUACAAUUGCUCAACAAGCAAUUGCUAUUCCGCCAACAUUAAAUGAAUCAACACAUUUCGAUCCAUUAAUAUCAACAGAUAGCAGUAAUUUACAAGAUUUAGAAACACUUCUCAAAAGUACAUUUCAAAAACCUCCUGUGAAUAUUGAAGCAAUAUCUCUAUCACCACAAAUCUCAACAACAACAACAACAACAGCCAAUGAUGAUAUAUCUGAUUUAAAAUCUAUGCUUGUGAAUUUAAGUUCAACAUUAUUAAAUAAAAUGAAUGUCAUCGAAAGUAAAAUCGAUGAUCAUUGUUCUCAAACAAAAAAGAUAAAUCACAUGUUAACAAAUACAAUACUACCAUCAUUACUUGAUUUAGCUGAUAUUAUUCACGAAACAGCUUCGCCCAAUAUCGAUACACGUAUAAAGACUAAACUUGAAAAUAUACAAACACGUAUUCGUACAACACAACAACAACAACAAAAUGAAAUGAAAAAUUUAAUGGAUAUUUAA